AUGUAUGCCAUCUUUGUUUUUAUUGUAAGCCAUCCUAAUCUUAUAUCAGGUAUGGCCAAAUACUUAUUUUAUAAUCAUUAAAUUUCGUUUUAUAGAUUUAAAAAUAGACUAUCUAAAAAGUUAAUAUUAAAUCAAGAUAACAAGAUUAUGAAUAUCAGCUAUUCAAAGCUCAUUUUUUUGUUUUUAUUUGUAUGCCUUUUACAAAGCAAACAAAUAGAAAUCUAAAGAAAGUAAACUGGUAACUCUGUGUAUAAUGAAGCAUACAAUUAAUCAUAGAUAAAUACAGAUUUUUCUUCAGGUUCGUUAGAAUAAUCCUAUAAUUUUAUCACAUAAGAAUUAAAUAAUAUUGAUGAUUACUAAUAUGUUGUUUAGAUUUAUAUAGGGUAAUCAAAGGAGCCUUUUAAUUUUUUAUUAGAUACAGGAAGCAAUAUUCUUUGGAUUCCUGGAACUGAGUGUAAUCUGUAAGAUAAUCAUUGCCAUACGAAAGAUAUCUAUGAUUACUCAAAAAGUCAGACAGCUAUUGUAAAUAAAGACAAAAAAAUUGAAAUAUAAUAUGGAUAAGGUAAAUGCGAAGGUUACCUUGGCUCUGAAUAUAUACGCAUCUAUUAAGAAAGCUAACCAUUUAAAGCAGAAAUUUUGUUUACUAGCAGUGACAAAGAUAUGGAUGGUAUGUAAUCACAUGGUAUCCUAGGGCUAAGCAACAGUAAAUCAACAAAAAACUACUUAGAAUAUGCAGUAGAAUAAGAAAUUAUAUCCUCAUCUGUAUUUGCUCUUGAGUUAAAAAAUCUUCCUGAUAUAUCUUAUUUUUACUAUGAUAAUAUUCCUGAAUAUAAAUUAUCGAAUACUAUAUUUGUAAAUACAGCUAGUAAAGAAAGGUGGUUAAUAGAUGUGAUAGGGUUUUAUAUGAAUGACUCAGACUACACAGAUUCAAGCAACUAAACAGUAUUAAUCGAUUCAGGUGCUUCCUUUAUGCAUUUAACAAAAUCUUUAUAUGACAAAUUUAUACAUAAUUAUGCAAGUAAUGUUUGUUUCUACCAAUAUGGGGAAUAUGUUUGUAGCUGCUAAUAAGAAAUUCUCAACUAAAACUUACCAAUUAUAAAAUUUUAUACUUAAGAAGGUAUACUAUAAAUAUCUCCUCAAGACUAUGUAAUUAAAAAAGGCCAAAAAUGCAUACUUGCUAUAGAUUUCUAGGAUACUUUUGAUUUUAACAUUUUAGGUGACGUUUUGCUAAGAAAAUAUUUUGUUAUUUUUGAUAAAUAAAAGCAGCAAAUGGGUUUUGGAAAUGUUGAAAAUAAAAUUCAACAUUUAUAACCACUUAGUAUGCUAAUAGUAUUUUCUAUCUUCUCUGUUUUCACUUUUAUGCUACUCUGCGCAGUAAUUUAUAAAGUAAUAAUUCUUAAGAAAGGUUAAUAUUAAUAAGAAUAAGAUUAAGAAUAAAUCAAUCAAACUCUUCUAGGUAAUAACAUUCAAUUAAACUUGUAAGAUUUGGAAAGGAGAAGUAGUUAUUCAGCUAGAAGUUCAUCUUGA